GACAAAUCUUACUGAAACUUGAACUGAGUUAGAGACGCUAGGAUCUAGUAACUCUGUUUUAGUUGUAUCUCUGGAGGGUUAAUGCUUUCAUGAAACGAUUUUCAAAAACUGGAUACCAGUAAUGCGAAAUGAAGAAAGUGCACUGUAGACAGGAGCAGAACUUGGAGCUUGCAACGCAGUAAUUUGGCUAAGUUACAGCUAACGGAGUAAGUGGAAGUGCGUUUGGUGUUACUGCCAAAGGAUGCAUUACAGAUGAAUAGAGACAUUUGCUGAGGACAGAACACAUUGGUCUGUAUGAGGGCAACCUUCACAUUGAAUUUUGUCUCCAUAAAUCUGAGGAACUAAACAGGCAGACUUUUGUUUACUGUGAUAGGAAACUUGGCCAUCUCAUAAUCUGGACAGUAGAAGUAUCAGCAGGCUUUCUUCAGGUUGAGUGAGCAACAAAGACAAGUUGUUUCAUUUGUUAAAAGUAUUCUGCAGUGAGAGCAAGAGAUCCCUGCUGUUUCAGUGCUUCACCUCUGUGACAGAAGUAGAAGAACAUGGCUGCUAACAAGGCCAAGAACCAGAAUUCUCUUGUUCUACACAAAGUAAUUAUGGUGGGCAGUGGCGGUGUCGGUAAAUCAGCUUUGACCCUUCAGUUUAUGUAUGAUGAGUUUGUGGAAGAUUAUGAACCAACAAAAGCUGACAGCUACAGAAAAAAAGUAGUACUUGAUGGCGAAGAAGUACAGAUUGACAUUUUGGACACAGCUGGACAGGAGGACUAUGCAGCCAUUAGGGACAACUACUUCCGCAGUGGAGAGGGAUUUCUACUUGUCUUUUCAAUAACAGAACAGGAAUCCUUCACAUCAGCAGCAGAAUUUAGGGAACAAAUCCUACGUGUGAAGGCAGAAGAGGAUAAAAUCCCAUUGCUUCUUGUUGGAAACAAGUCUGACUUGGAAGAACGACGACAGGUUACGAUAGAUGAAGCCAGAGUCAAAGCAGAGGAGUGGAAUGUGCAGUAUGUUGAGACGUCUGCCAAAACAAGAGCUAAUGUAGAUAAAGUAUUUUUUGAUCUGAUGAGAGAAAUAAGAGCAAAGAAGAUGUCUGAAAACAAUGAAAAGAAUGUGAAAAAAAGCGGGAAGAAUAAGAAGAGUUUUAAAGAUCGCUGCUGUUUACUGUGAUGCUCAAACAUGUUUGCAAAGUCUUUCACUAAAGUAAUUCAUUUUGCCACUAAAACAUUUAGGUAUCUUUUAAUCAGAGAAUGCGAGAUCAUGUAAUAAAAUGUAUGUCUGUCAUGUCA